CUUGUUUCACUUUCAAUCGCGGAUUAGAGGAGUGCGGAUGAAAAUAUUAUGGAAACUUUGGCAUGGAGUUUUACUUUGAUCACAGUGGCUCUGCUACUGGAUCCAACAUUCGCGGAUGUCCUGGUGCAACCGGGUUACACUCAGCAGUCGGUAGCAUCUUCGAAAAGCCAAGCGAUGAACGGGGAGCAGAAAAACCAACAGAUGACCGGACAGCCUCAGUCCCAGCAGAAUUACGCUGCGGAAGCACAGAAUUUGUUGUUGCAAUUGCUCCAGCAUCAGCACAUGCUUCAGAAACAACAUCUGAACAACAUACAUCAGUACGAACAAAAGCAGCUGCUUCAGAUGCAACAACAACAACUCCAGCAUCCGAUGGUCCAGCGUCAAAAGGUCAUGAACAACGAUCAGAUGGUCAGCAUGAUGCCCUUCGGCCUAUCGCCUUACUCCCCUCUCAUUUCGGGCUUAGGAGACAUGACGACGGGAAGACUUUUCUCCAUGGGACCGAUGGGCCUGAACACAUUCACAAUGGGAGGACUGAGGCCUCCUCUGCUUAUGAGUCCGCAACAAACGCAGAAAAUGUCAGGGAGCGCGCAAUUUCAAAAAUCAUCCAACGGACUGCAAGACCAGACAAGGAGCAAACGUGAGAUCAGGGAUGUCGCACCCGUGGAAUCAGGACCAAAGAAAUUCCGACAGUCAAAGAAUUCUCGGCAGCAAAUGGAUGGCAUGGCCGCGAACCCGUCCGUAAAACCAAAAUCCGACAACAAUGCUGUAUCGUCUCUUCAACAGAACUCUCAAUCGCCCAGCAAGUCAAAUGAUGAUCGCAUCGUCGGUGACGUACGGAAAAUGAAUGACGACACUGUCGCUGGACCUUUGGACGAUUUCAUAGAAACUCUGAAGAACAGCGGCCUGGUGAAUCCCCUGAUGGAUCUAUUGAACGGAGGUGGAGUUCUUCCGCAGUCUAACUUCCUCGGUAAAUCAGAAUCAGGGAUACCUCAGUUCGAGGAACACAUCGUAAGUCAACCCCAUCAACAACAGCAGCAACUGGGUGAUCAGAAUCCGAUGAUGUCCAUGCUUGGUCACCAUCACAAUCCACCUUAUACUUCCUACGGUCAUCACCACCCUCAUCAUCUGCCAACUCACUAUGGAAGCCGUCCAACGAAGUAUUAUCCGUACAGAAACAUGGCGUCAGGUUCUUCCUCGUUGCCGAUGAACGAGGGCGGUUCAAUACCGUUCCAAGAUAAUCAAGGACAAGCGUUUUGGGCAGGUUCUCCGCAUCAGGUUCAGCCAGGAACUAGUAGCUCCAGCAACAGUAAUUCCGCGGUUCCUGAAUCUGUUUCAAAAGCGUCAAACCCAGCAGCAAAGUUCGUGAAGGAUCCGGUGAUAAAGUUCUCGAUGUCGCAGAGAAAGAACGAGGAUCCAGUAAUCGUGGCUCCGAAUCCAAACUCGUCGAAGGCGGCGAAGCCGAGUGAAACGCCAAAGCCAAUCGCUAGCGAAUCGCCGAUGAACCCAGCGCCGAUCGAGAGCCAGCCCAUGAUGCCCGUCCAGGGUGCAAUCGGUAAGCAGCGAGUCCUUGGAUCCCAAUAUCCGAUGAACAUGGUCCCGCAAACCAUGAUAAAAAUGAUGUCACCGUACAACUCGAUGAUGCGAAGCAUGUCGCCGAUGGUUGGAGCACCGAGUCCGACGGACCAGCUUUCCGGACUUUUGUACACCUUGGCCGAUCAGUUAAGCACGUUUGGAAAUGGCGGGGGUCAGUACGCGGCAACAAACGACAGGUACCAAAAUUACCGUGAGGCUAAUUUCGGCCUCGGUGAUUUAUUGGACAGAGGCUACGGAAGCUAUCCUGGCCAAUUGAGCUAUGGAACCAUCCCCGGAAUCGGAUACGACGAGAGUCCUUACAGUACCUUCGGUGGUUACAACACGCCUUACCAGUAUCAUCAACACUCACACAGUUUCUGAGCUGCUGAAGCGAUU